CUCGGUGUAAACAGGAAGAACCAAGGAAAAGUAGGUUAAAUUUAUCAUAAAGCGAAGAGGAUAGUCGGAUACAGACGGACGAGGGUUUUUCUUACUUUAUAAAUUUGACCACAUUCUUUGUGGUCUAAAAUUGCUAACAAUUUUAGAAACAUUUUGCAAAAGCAAGUUUUGAAUUUUAGUGAAGAAUAUUGUCGCUAACACCGUGAGCUUUACCGACGUUACGCGGAGAGUGACGCGGUGCAUUUCCUUUGGGGUGCCUGUUUGUGCUAAAAAACCUGCAUUUGGUUUGCCGCCUGUUUUUUUUUUCUCUCCGGAUUUUGUGAUUGUGUCAAGGAAACCCUUGUACGAUGGUUCAAAAAGACCAGACUUUAGACACUCCUCCGUUAGAUGUUGAACCCAGCCCCAGCCCAGUCUCUGGAGAGGCUUGUGUGGAGGCCCCGGGCCCAGUGGCGGACUCCAGCAUCGUAGUGGAAACGACGGGCCACAGAAAAUUCAUUAGUGGUGUAGUCGAAGGCUUUUACGGGCGUCCAUGGACUAUGGAACAGAGAAAAGAGCUGUUCAGAAGGCAACAGAAGUGGGGGCUGAACACAUAUCUUUAUGCACCUAAAGAUGACUACAAGCACAGAAUGUUCUGGAGAGAACUGUAUUCAGUGGAAGAAGCAGAACAACUCAUGACUUUAGUUAGUGCCGCCAAGGAGCAUGGAAUAGAGUUUAUAUAUGCCAUUUCCCCUGGAUUAGACAUAACAUUCUCUAAUCAGAAAGAGGUUUCUGCACUUAAAAGAAAACUUGAUCAGGUUACUCAUUUUGGCUGCAAAUCCUUUGCCUUACUUUUUGACGAUAUUGACCACAACAUGUGCCCUGCUGACAAAGAAGUAUUCAGCUCUUUUGCUCAUGCUCAGGUUUCUCUAACUAAUGAAAUCUACCAGUACCUUGGAGAGCCUGAAACCUUCUUGUUUUGCCCCACAGAGUACUGUGGAACAUUCUGCUACCCAAGUGUCUCGCAAUCCCCCUACCUCCGCACAGUUGGAGAGAAACUCCUGCCUAGCAUUGAUGUGCUGUGGACAGGUCCCAAAGUGGUUUCUAAAGACAUCCCAGUGGAGUCCAUUGAAGAGGUGUCAAAGAUCCUGAGAAGAGCCCCUGUUAUUUGGGACAAUAUUCAUGCCAAUGAUUACGACCAAAAGAGGCUCUUUUUAGGUCCGUACAAGGGCCGUUCCACUGAGCUCAUCCCCCGGCUGAAGGGAGUCCUCACCAACCCCAACUGCGAGUUUGAAUCCAAUUUUGUCCCAAUUCACACUUUGGCCACCUGGUACAAGUCUAACAUGAACGGGGUUCGCAAAGAUGUGGUCAUGACUGACGGUGAGGACAGCACUGUGUCCAUCCAGAUCAAGCUUGAGAAUGAAGGCAGUGACGAGGAGCUGGAGACAGACAUGCUCUACAGCCCACAGCUCGCUUUAAAGCUCGCUCUGACAGAGUGGCUUUCAGAAUUCAGUGUGCCUCUCCAAUACAACAGCCGACAGGUGCCUCAGAGUGGUGCCAAAAGCACGGCCAUUGAUGUAUCUUCCAUGACAGCUCCGUCCCUUUGCUCCUCCACGUCAGUCACUACUGUGUUCCAGCAGCCCAUUAUGUCUCCUGCAAUGCCCCCUCUCCUCCUCGAUCCCCUCCCACACUCCUUUUCAAAAACAGUUGAAGAGGUAGAAGAGGUGGAUGUGGAAAAGAAGGAUUCAGAUGAGGAACCAAUGGAGAUGGUGGUAGAGAAGCUGGAUGAGCCAGAGGCAGAAGCCGAUCCAGAAGAGAAAGACGUCGCUCCCAUCUUAACUGACAAAAUGGCAGAGGAUCUGAAGCCCAUGGAUACAGACAAGGAGAGUCUGGCUGAAUCCAAGUCCCCAGAAGAGUCAAUCCAGGAGGAUUCUGGGAGUGAUAUUGCUCCUAUGCAGACAGAUGAUCAACUCAAACAGGAUCCGUAUAUGCCCAGCCCCGACGAGAAGCCUCUGUUCACACCAGAACCUCCAACACUCGAGGACCUGUGUCUCCUGGCUGAGCUCUUUUACCUGCCUUACGAACAUGGACCCAAGGCCACACAGAUGUUAAAGGAGUUCAACUGGUUGAGAGCCAACAGCAGCGUCGUCAGCGUCAACUGUAAGAGAAAAGAAAGUGAAAAGGUGGCUGAAUGGCAGCUGCGGGCGGAGAAGUUUCAAGACAUGUGCUGCUCCGUUAUCCACAUGUUCACACGGCUGUCCAACACAGCCAACCGCACCAUCCUGUUCGACCUCUACCCUUACAUCUGGGACAUCAAGAGCAUCAUGUCUAUGGUCAAGUCUUUUGUCCUGUGGCUCGAUGGAAGAAUCCACAGUACAAGUUUCUACUGCUAUUGGAUCGACAGUGGCCGAUGGUGUCGUAGUCAGUCAUCAGCACAAUUCCCUAAAGGAGAACAAGAGUCCUGGGCCUUUAGGGGAGGUCUAGCAGGAGAGUUCCAGAGAUUGUUGCCAAUAGAUGGGGCAAACGAUCUUUUCUACCAGCCUCCACCUUCUUUGCCAACCUCCAAAAUCUAUACCAUAAGGCCAUACUAUCCCAAAGAUGAGGCUUCAGUUUAUAAAAUCUGUAAGGAAAUGUACUGCGAAGGGAUGGAAGAUGAGCCAUUCACUGAGGGGGAACCUGACCUCAUUGGGGACAGGCUAGUUGGAGGACUGCUGACAGUGAGCUCAGACUAUGGGUUCGUACUGGAAGAUGACCAGGGGAUCUGUGGUUACGCUCUCGGCACUGUAGAUGUGAAACCUUUCAUCAAGAAGUGCAAGUUGAGCUGGAUUCCCUUCAUGCAGGAGAAAUACCACAAACCAGACUGUGAAAAGGAUCUGUCUGAGGCCGAGAAGAUGAUUCUGAGUUUUCAUGAGGAGGAGGAGGGUCUACCGGAGUCUUUCCUGUCCAAUUUCCCAUCUCUCAUCAAGGUGGACAUUCACGCCAAAGUCACUGACCCCAGUGUGGCCAAAAGCAUGAUGGGAUGUUUGUUAUCUUCUCUUAAGGCCAAUGGUUCCCAUGGUGCUUUCUGUAAAGUUCGUCAGACUGAUAAACGGAUGUUGGAGUUCUACAGUAAACUGGGAUGUUUUGAAGUGGCCAAAAUGGACGGCUUUCCCAAAGAUGUCAUCAUUAUGGGACGCAGCCUUUGAAGAAACACACAGCGACAGAGCAAGCUCGAGUCAACACACCUUAAGCAUUUUUGGUACCUUCAUGUGGAUAAAACUUUGGUUAUUUUUAUACUGCCAUUAAAUUCGGGCUCGCCCCAGGAUGUGCUGUGAUGUUUGGAUUUUGUGUAAACAAGCACAAGAAUCGCACAGAAACCAUAAUCCACCCUUAAUGGGUGUAGCUCAGUUGGAUUUGGCAGUUCAAGAGCAGAAACAUCCAAUAAGAGGUCUCUAGCCACUCCCACGUAGUAACAUCAAAUGUGGCCCCUAGGACUGUUCUAGUAGGACUCCAAGACUUGCCACUACAUCCAUCCCUCCAUUCGUCAUCCCUCUGAAAAAGAAGAUGAUCGUAAACAGCUGCAGCUAUGAGAAAAAAGGUGGCUCCUAACUUGGGCUGUCAUACAACUUUCAGCCUUCUGUUUUCAGCCUAUUUUGUAAUUACACAAUAAAGAUGUUGACGGGAGUUAGACGUCAAACAGGAAAAGAGGUGCUAAAAGAAUGCCUUGUGUUAAUUUUUUUUCUACAUGUCUACUGGGAGAUGAAAACCUGAACAUCUAAGAAAGUGUUGAUGAAAAUUAGCCAAGGGGUUCUUUGAAUUUUUGCUCAAGUAGCUGCUAACAUUUGCUAAGCAAUAGAAAAGCUUCUACAUGUUUACAGUUUGCUACUCAUUUUUUGUUGUUUUUCUUUGCUUCACUCCCCUCCAGCAAUUACUCAUUAGAUCUUCAUGUUUGAUUAUUCAUUUAAUUUAAAAAUCUGUAGCAUUUUCUGGGGCUUGCUUUCCAUUAUUUUUCUCACGUUUUUUUUUUUUUUGUACGUUUAGUUUGCUUAUGCUUUUCUAGAGAUUGUUAAGAUAUGUGCAUUGAGUUUUUUCCUAAUUGCAGUGGAAUAUCUACUAGAUUCCCCCCUGUUGUGAUUUUUAUUUUAGUUUUUAGUUUUUUGAAAGAAAUUAAAAUGUAUCAUUGGGACCAAAAUAUUUUAAGUUUCAGUAGCCUUUGGGUUUAGGUGCAUUGGUUAAAAAUACUUCACUUCUACUGUAGUUAAACUGUCUGCUGUACACUUUAAGUUAUUUAAUCACUGCUUUACAUUAACCUCUGAAAUCUCAUACUUUCAUUCAAAUGAAUGUAAUCUCAGACGAGCCUCUGUUGGUGGUUCCAUGUGUUUCAGCUGCACCUUUAAAACUGUAGCUAAAUUACUGUUGGCCUUUUUCUACCCGUAUGUCGAUUGUUUCCUGUUCCGACUCAUUUCCAUUUGUUUCUGCAAAUGUAUAGCUUUUCUUUUUAGUGAGACAUUUUGUUUAAUAACAGGCGAGUUUUGUUGGUUAAAUGAAGAUCAGCGGUUGCUGUCCCAUAGCUGCCUGUCAAUGUGACGUUUCCAACCUUGUACAGUCGUAACGUGCAUGAGGUGUGUUGGAUUUGCUGUGGCUGACGUUGGUUACAGUUGCCUCUGAUGUUACAUAAAAGAGGAAGCAUGCCACUUUGAACUACAUGCAUAAAAGUGUUGUGCUUAGAUGGUUUGUAAAUAUCAUUUGUGAAGUAUAAAAAGGUUUUGUAUAUUAUUUUUGAAAAUUGCUUCCAUUCUGUUUUAGUGGAAAGAAAGCAGAAUGUUAACCCCUUGUUGGACAGAGCUGUCCCACUGGUCAACAAGGAAUGAAACUAGCUAACAGACCUGCUCUUCUGCAAAUGAAGUUGGUUUUUAGUUUCUUGACUCUUCCAAGAGGAUAUUUUACAGUUUGAUGCUUGUGAUUUUUUUUUUUUUUUUUUUGCCAGCUGCAGAAAUUCCUCAGACCAUACAGUUCAGGUUUGGGGAUGGGAUGGGAGUCAUUAAAGUGACUGUUUGUUUAUUUCUGUACAAAUUUCUAUGUAAGAUAACAUUAAACUAAUAAAUCAUAUAAAGAUCCUG